GCCGCUGGCCGUGAAGUGCGUGCCGAAUCUAUCGACGUGGAGCUGGUCAAGGAUUGGAUCAGGUGCUGCGAAAAUUGGCAUGGCCAAGCGUGCGAUCUAGGGGACCAUACGCCACUCGAUCACUGUCAGGACCUCAUGGUCAUAGAUGUUGUGGAUGGACGCCUUGUAGACGUUCCUUGCUCAUCACGAUACAUGGCUCUGAGCUACGUCUGGGGAGGAAUUUCAUCCCUACAGACCCUCAAGACGAACUUGAAACAGCAUCAACAGCCAGGAGGCCUAGUCGCUCAAUCAGCCGCACUCCCGAAAACCAUAUCCGACGCCAUAAAGCUUACUUCCAGCAUUGGCGAACGUUACCUUUGGGUCGACGCACUGUGCAUUGUGCAAGACGACUUGGAUGGAAAACUAUCACUGAUCAACCAGAUGGACAAGAUCUACCAAAAUGCCGUGUGUACCAUAGUCGCAGCAUUUGGCACAGAUUCGAGCGCCGGAUUGCCUGGUGUUACAUCUCCUCGAAACUCCGCACAGCAAACGCUAGACUACGGCAAAAGUAGACGAAUAGCCAUAUCACAGCGACCGUUUGAGAUGUUCUUGGGCCGAGAGGGCCAUUCUGGUUGCGUGUGGAACAAGCGUGCCUGGACGCACCAAGAGCGACUGCUUUCAGGGCGCAAGCUUGUCUUCCUUGAGGACGGCGUCCAUUUCAACUGC